UCUCUCUCUCUCUCUCCUUGCUGCUGACUUGUGUCUCUGACAGCAAUGAUUUUGUUGUGCAUCCUCAUCCUGCUGGCUCUGUGCGGGCCUGCACAUGGCGCCUGUGGGGACACCUGUGGACUCCGGCCCAUGCCUGCUACGGUCAGCUCAUCACGCGUUGUGGGUGGCACAGAUGUCCUGCCAGGAUAUGGGGCCUGGGCUGGCAUUGUCAGUUUCCGCCCUAUCUGGACAUUACAAUAUAGCAUGCACGUGUGUGGAGGAACCCUCAUCAGCCCGAAGUGGGUCCUCAUAGCGGCCCACUGCUUUGAUAAUGUCACAAAUCCCAUGAAGGAGUGGGCCGUCGUGAUUGGGGCCACCAUAAUGAACCAGAUAACCCAAGAUGUGGUAGUGCGCGGGGUUAAGCGGGUGAUCAACCACGAAAAAUACGAUAGGGAAACGGUAUUUAACGACAUUGCCGUGAUGGAAUUGGACAGACCAGUAGAGUGCACCUCCUUCAUUCAGCUUGCCUGCCUGCCUGGUCCUUCAGUGAAAUUGUCAGAGCUGAAAAACUGUUACAUUGCCGGCUGGGGUGACACAUACGCAAAAUCAAAAGUAGGUAGUGAGAUCCUGCAGCAGGCCAAGGUCCAGGUUGUGAAUAACAAACUCUGCAACAGUACCGAUUACCUGCAAGGGUACAUCCACGACUUCCACGUGUGUUCUUCUGGGGUAACCGGCCUUGGCAUCUGCCAGGGUGACAGCGGGGGACCUAUUACCUGCCAAGAUAAGAGUGGUGACUUCUUCUGGCAAAUUGGUGUACACAGCUGGGCAAUAGGCUGUGCUAGAUAUAAAAAGCCUGGAGUCUCCACCUCCACUCAGUACUACUACAACUGGAUCCGGUACAAGACAGGAAUAAAGCCAGCGACGGGAAUAAAGCCAACACCAGCAGUUACUGCAACACCAGCACCAGCCUACACCUCAAGCCCUCUGCAAACACUACCUCCAAGUUCAACAAAGCCCUGUCCACUUCCACGUGAAAAGCUGCUGCAAUUCUUUAAUCUGCUAAAGGAUAUCUUGCAGUACCUAAAGGGAAAAAUAUUUUGA